AUGAACAAUUCCAGAACUGGUGUGCCGGAAGCAAAGCGGGAGCAGAUACGUAGCAAUGCCACCUGCCAAAGCCGACCUCUCCCUUUACCGUUAGCGACAGCUGAUUCUGCUCAGUUCGUCAUGAACAGUCCAUCUAAGGAGUACUCGUGA